UUCAGUAGUGUAUGAAUCGAGGCCCGCGCCACUGCCAUGUGCUCUGCAAGUGUUGGCCCCAGCUUUUCCGACCUCUCGCCGCAUUUUCCAACAGUUUUCCGACCGGUUUUGUGAUCAGUGUUAACUAAGUGUGUUGUGACCUUUAUUUUUAUACUUUAUUCAGUUGUUUCUUUGAAAUUUUACCAGUUUUGUGUUCUACUUUAUCAGUAGUUGCUCCUUUUUUCCUGGAUCCAAUUUUUUUUAUUCCUCCAAUUUUAUUAGUUUUUCAACAUUUUCCCAAUCAUAUAGUGUUUAAUAGUAAUAAUCUAUUGUGUUCAAAAGUUGUUAGUUUUUCAAAUUGAGUUAAAUCAAUCGGAUUUGCCAAGAUGAUGUCUUUAUACAGGACUAUCAAGAACGGAACUAACAAGAGGCCUCGAGAUAGAAGGUAUAACUCAACUUCAGGUAUCUCAACUUAUAAGGAGAUGGACGCUGCUUUCAAAUGUGGCAAUGGAUUCGAGGAUCGUCCUAGACUGGAGUAUCCAGGCUGUGGGCCGACACUGCAGAGUGACAUGGUCUCCCGACGCCGGAUUCUCUCUCGGUCACGUGACGACCUCAGUUUCGACAGUCCUCCAGCCUUCGCUCCCGAAGAAGAGGAGGAUGUUUGGUACCAAAAGGAAAAAUUAUAUAAGGAUCACAUCCAAGAAGUGUUAGAUAAAUGGACUCAAAUAGACGACGAAAUAUGGGCAAAAGUGAUCGUUUUAGAAAGAAAUAGAAGAGUAGCGAAGGCAUACGCGCGCGCCCCCGUGCUCACAAUAAACGGAUCGGAAGACGGAUUCGAUGGUUUCAGAAUCGGAUUAUGCGGCUUUGAUAAUCCAAUGCGAGACCCGAAAACAGAAGAGCUCAAAAGACACAUUGGACACGGCAUAAAAGUCAAGAUGGACGAACAGGGCAGCAUCCUGGUGAAGCGCGUGUCCAAGUGCAACGUGUACGUGAAGAGCACGGCGACUGCGGCCAGCGACGAGACAAGCAUCGGCGGCGACGUCCUCAAGCUGCCUUUUUUCAGGCGUUAUUGCACUGGCGGCGGAAGAGUCGGCAGGGUGUUCGACAUGAAGAAGUUCGAGGCGAACCUGGCGCGUGAGCUGCGACGCGCCUACCCGGACCGACGCCGCCUGGAGUGGCAAUGCCUCAGCGCCAUCACAUUCGUCAAGUCGGAGAGCGAACUGCUCGACUGCCCCAUUUGGGUGCUCAUCGUCAACGUCGUCGCUAUGGACAAGCUCAAAUCCAAACUGCCACCAAUGAAGAGAAACCCAGUUGACAUCAGAAACCGACCGCGCAUUCCGAUUCCGGACGAGGACCCGUACAGCAUAGCGGGCAACGGGGGCGGCAGCUCAGGCAGCUCUGGAGGCGGUGGAGGCGGUAUGCAGCUGCAACAUGGCCCACAGAUGAUGCGUCGCAGCGACAAGCCACCCAAACUGCCGCCCCGCGAGAAUGGGUCCAAUCCAUACCCGCACGAUAUACCAAAGCCCGAUUAUGACGAUAUCGAUGAAGAAGAGAACCGUAUAGUUGGUAAUGGACAUGGCCUCAAAUCAUUUGCAACCUCCAGAGGUCGAGACAAAACGAAAGAUAAUAAGAAAUAUGACGACCCGUACUACUGCGGUCUGCGAGCUCGAGUGCCCAACUUUGUCAAGUCGAAAGGCAAGGAGAUGAAUGGCGGAGGCGGCGGGGGCAAUGGCAAGAUGGUGCCGCCCCCAGUCCAUGCCCGCUACCCGGUGCUGCCCCCCGCCCCCGGCCAUGGUCCCAACUCACACAUCGGCAUCCCCUCUCACCACCACCCCGCCAUGUGGCAUGCGCGCAGCUACGACAGUGGCAUGGAUUCAGAACUAUUAGAUUCACCCUACAACCAUAUAUAUGGACGUCUCCCCAUACCUACAAGAGGAUACAUCCCAACAACGCCAAGAACAAUGUACAUCGGUGAAUGGGAUUGAGAGGAGACCAUCAUUAUCCUAUUUAAACCUAUCAAUUUCUCAUCGCUUAAAGGCAACAAUGAUGAUUACUGCUUCAAGUAUAUCAAUUCGAUAAGACCAUGUUUGAAAAUAAGAAUCGUUCUAUUGAAAACAUUGAUACAGUAGCUUAUUCUAGAAAAUUCAAUUAAGGUUCUCAAUUUCUCGAACAAAAAUCAUAUCUAAUUUUAAAAUAAAUUUCCUUUUUGUAAAUUAUGCUCUCUUUCUCUCUCUAUCCUCUCUCUCUCUAUCUUUUUCUUCGUUCAAUUUAUAUAUUAAAUCAGGUACAGUAGAUUCUCUCUCUGAAACUGUUCUAUUCUUAAGUGAAUAAGAAAUCUACUAUUUUUCAUAAUAUAGAAUAUUCAUUCUUUUCUUGUGAAAAGAAUACUGCCUUAAUACUGCCUUUGCAUUGCUACUUCUGUAAUCCGACUGCCAAUAAAUAACUGGAAUGUCCAACUGCCGUUUUGUACUGAUUUAUAGACGAGAAAUAAUGUGCUUUCCAUCAGUAGUUAAGUAUUUUGUAUAUUUUGAACUGAAUAUAAUUUUGUAAAUAUAUAUUAUAGAGCGUAUGUAAUAUUUUUAGAAGUAAUUAUGUGAAUUCUCUUUUCAUCUUUUGUAAUCUUGUAAGUGUUGUUCGAAUCUUCUCUUCAAUUCCAUUUAGUGGAGUAUUUUUUUUUUAUCACUCAUGAUGAGUAUAAGCUAUAUGAGUACCGGUACUUUCAAGUUAUAUCCAUUUACCAGAAAAAUAAGGAUAUGUGAACUCUUUUUGUGAACAAGUUACAGAAACGAAUCCAUUUGAAUACUUUUAUUGGUUUGAUUCAGUGAAUGAGUUUCAGAAUGAUUAUGAAAGUAUGAGCUAUCUUUUCUUUCUCUCUAUUGUGCUGUUUCCUUUCCUCAAUAUUCUUGAAAAUCGUAUAACUUGAAUUUUGUACUUACAUGAGCAGCACUAGGCUUUAAUUAAUCGAGCAAAUUCUCCAAAUUUGUUCAAUGAUAUUUUUAGUUGAUAAUUAUUAUAGAUAUUCAAUUCUAUCCAAAUGAUUCAAAUACUAACAAUUUUGUUAAAGUUAUCAGUGGUUAGAAUUUGGGGUGAUUGUACCCAAUAUAUUACAAUUAUUGUUGUAAAUAAAAUGAAGUCAUGAUGAAUACUGUAUAUCUAGCUUUUAGACACAUAAUAAAUAAAUUAUUCUAUGAGAAUUUUCUUAACAGUAACUGAGAGCGGAAUGGUUGUGUAAAUGGUACUCCAUAUGAUGCUUGCAACGAUGGAAUGUUACAAUUGAAUUUUAAGCGAUUAAGUUGUAUAUUUUUUUGUAAAUCACUCGGAAUAAAAAUGGUGUUGGAAAUAUUAAA